AUGAUAUCGUGGCACGACCUGUACACGGUGCUGGCGGCGGUGGUGCCGCUGUACGUGGCGAUGAUCCUCGCCUACGGCUCCGUGCGCUGGUGGGGCGUCAUCACCCCGGACCAGUGCGCCGGCAUCAACCGCUUCGUGGCCGUCUUCGCCGUCCCGCUCCUCUCCUUCAAGGUCAUCUCCGGCAGCGACCUCUACGCCAUGGACCUCCGCUUCGUCGCCGCCGACACGCUCCAGAAGCUCCUCAUCCUCGCCGCGCUCGCCGUCUGGUCCCGCCUCCCGCUCUCCUUCCCCGCCGGCGGGCCCGGGCUCGACUGGUCCAUCACGCUCUUCUCCUUCUCCACCCUCCCCAACACCCUCAUCAUGGGCAUCCCGCUCCUCGUCGCCAUGUACGGGGCGCACGCCGGGGACCUCAUGGUGCAGCUCGUCGUGCUCCAGUGCAUCAUCUGGUACACGCUCCUGCUGUUCCUCUUCGAGUUCCGCGCCGCGCGGCUUCUCAUCGCGGGGAGGUUCCCGGAGGCGGUCGCGGCGGUGCGCGUCGACCCGGACGUCGUCUCGCUCGACGGCAGCCAGGCGGAGGCGCGGGCCGAGGUGGCUCCCGACGGGAGCCUGCGCGUGUCCGUCGUGCGGCGGUCCACGGCGGCGUCGCUCUCCCGCCGGUCCGUCCUGUCGCCGCGCCCGUCGAACCUCACCGGCGUCGAGAUCUACUCCGUCAGCUCGUCGCGGAACAACACGCCCAGGGGAUCCAGCUUCACCCACGGCGACUUCUCAGCCACCACCGGCGGCGGCGGCGCCAGCGCGCUGAUGCCGCCGGCGGUGCGCAUGUCCAGCUUCGGCGCGGCGGACCUGUUCUCGCUCAACUCGUCCAGGCAGCACACGCCGAGGCCGUCCGCCAGCUUCGACGACUACAACGCGCCGCGGCCAAGGUCGGCGGCUGCCGUGACACCGGUCGACGACCCCAGGGACAACCUGCACAUGUUCCAGUGGGGCUCCGGCGGCUCCGGCGCGUCGGAGGUCAGCGUCCUUCCCGUGUUCCGCAGCGGCGCCAGGGAGAGCGGCCGCCGGCUCGCCCCCUCCGACGUGCCGUCCACCAAACUGCCGGGCGGCCAGCGCGUCAAGUCCGACGCGGCCGGGCAGGAGGCGCUGGCAACGCUGGAAUCCGGCACGACGGAAACGGAUCAGGAUCAGCCGUCAAAGGACGGCGGCGGCGGCGGGGAGAGCGGCGGCGCGAUGCCGCCGGCGGGCGUGAUGCUGCGGCUGAUCCUGACAAUGGUGUGGCGCCGGCUGAUCCGGAACCCCAACACGUACGCCAGCGUCGUCGGCCUGACCUGGUCGCUCAUCGAGUUCCGGUUCCACAUCACCAUGCCGACCAUCGUGGCCAACUCCAUCUCCAUCCUCUCCGACACGGGGCUGGGGAUGGCCAUGUUCAGCCUCGGACUGUUCAUGGCGAUGCAGCCCAAGAUCAUCGCCUGCGGCAACACCGUCGCGGCGACCACCAUGGCCGUCCGCUUCCUCGCCGGCCCCGCCGUCAUGGCUGUCGCCUCAGUCGCCGUCGGCCUCCGGGGAACGCUGCUGCGCAUCGCCAUUGUUCAGGCGGCUCUGCCACAGGGGAUCGUGCCGUUCGUGUUCGCCAAGGAGUACAAUCUCCAUGCCGCCGUUCUUUGCACCGGGGUCAUAUUCGGCAUGCUCAUAGCUCUUCCGAUCGCCCUGGUCUACUACAUAAUUCUUGGGCUGCUAUGAAGGAUGACUGAUCUAGUGAUCUUGUAGAUGGAAUGUUCUCACAUGCCGGAAAUCAAAUGUUCGUACAUAAUUUGUAGUCUUUUCAUCAUGUAAGACAGAGAUGGAAAGAAACUUCAGCUGAAGAUAGCAUUUCUGAGCUUU